ACAUCGGACCCGCCCCCUGGCCUGGUCGUGCUUCGGAGUUCGUAGGUCGUGCAGCGUGCGCGACGGUAGUGACGCGUUUUACCGGGAGUAUGGCGGAUACCGGCUUGCGCCGCGUGGUUCCAAGCGACCUUUAUCCCCUCGUGCUCCGCUUUCUGCGUGAUAACCAACUCUCGGAGGUGGCCAAUAAAUUUGCAAAGGCGACAGGCGCUACACAGCAGGAUGCCAAUGCCUCUUCUCUCUUGGACAUCUAUAGCUUCUGGCUCAACAGGUCCACCAAAGCCCCCAAGCGGAAGUUGCAGUCAAAUGGACCAGUGACCAAGAAGGCAAAGAAGGAGACUUCCUCCAGCGACAGCAGCGAGGAUAGCAGUGAGGAAGAGGAAGAAGCCCAAGGACUUCCAGCAAAGAAGGCUGCUGUACCCGCCAAGCGAGCCAGUGUGCCUCAGCAUGCUGGGAAGGCAGUAGCCAGAGCUUCGGAGAGCAGCAGCAGUGAAGAGUCCAGUGAGGAGGAGGAGGACAGCAAACAGAAACUGUCCGUCCAGCAAAAGGCAGUUAAGCCCCAAGCCAAGGCAGUCAAAGCUCCUCCUAAGAAAGCCAAGAGCUCUGAAUCUGAGUCUGACUCAAGCUCAGAGGAUGAAGCACCACAGACCCAGAAGCUAAAGACAGCUACGACAGCCAAAACUCAGCCUAAAGCCUCAGCUAAACCAGGUACACCAGCUAGAGCACAACCUAAAGUAGCCAAUGGCAAAGCAGCCAGCAGCAGCAGCAGCAGCAGCAGCAGCGAUGACUCUGAGGAGGAGGAGAAGUCAACAGCACCCCCCAAGAAGAUGCAGACUAUACCCAAAAAGCAAGUUGUGGCCAAGGUAUCCGUAAAAGUAGCUGCCACCCCUACCCAGAAGAGUUCUAGCAGUGAGGAGUCUUCUAGUGAAGAGGAAGAGCAGAAGACACCCAUGAAGAAAAAACCAGGUCCCUACAGUUCAGUCCCACCGCCUUCUGUUCCUUUGGCAAAGAAGUCCUUGGGAGCCCAGUCUCCAAAGAAAGCUGCCGCACAGAGACAGCCUGCAGAAAGCAGCGAGGACAGCAGCGAUGAGUCUGAUUCAAGUUCUGAGGAAGAAGAGAAGAAAGGCCCUGCUAAAGCGGUCCUCUCCAAGACCCCGGCCAAGGCAGCUCCCGCCAAAGCAGCGCCAGCAAAGAAGAAAGAGAGCUCUUCAGAUAGUUCCGAUUCUGACAGUUCUGAGGAUGAAGCUCCUGCCAAGCCAGUCAGUACCCCCAAGAAUCCUGUAAGCAAGGCAGCUGUCACUCCCAAGCCAUCUGUAGCUAAGACAGCUGUAACUCCUAAGCAACCAGCAGGCAGUGGCCAGAAACCCCAGACCAGAAAGGCUGACAGCAGCUCCAGCGAGGAGGCCAGCAGUUCCAGCGAGGAGGAGACAGCAAAUAAACCCAUGACAGCCCUCAAGCCCAAGGUGACUGCUAAAGCAGCACCAUCCCUGCCCGCCAAACAGGCUCCUGGGGCUGCGGACAGCAGCUCCGACUCAGACAGUUCCAGCAGUGAGGAAGAGGAGAAGACGCCUAAGCCUCCAGCUAAGAAAAAGGCAAAGGGAGGCGGAACCCCUUCCAAACCAGCCUCUGUGAAGAAAGCAGCAGCCAAGAGCAGCAGCUCCUCAGAAAGUUCCAGUGAAGAGGAGGAGCCCAAGGGCAAGGGCAAGGGCAUUGCUAAACCACAGGCCAGCAAGGCUAAUGGCCCUCCAGCUUCUCAGAAUGGAAAAGCAGGCAAGGAGAGUGAGGAAGAAGAGGAAGAGGAGGAGGAAGAGACGAAAAAGGCAGUUUCCAAGCCAGGGAAGAAACAGAAGCAGAAUGAGACAGCAGAGACGCCUCAAGCUAAGAAAGUUAAGGUCCAGACUCCUAACACAUUUCCAAAAAGGAAGAAAGCAGAGAAGAGGGCAUCUUCCCCAUUCCGAAGGGUCAGGGAGGAGGAGAUUGAGGUGGACUCACGAGUAGCAGACAAUUCCUUUGAUGCUAAGCGAGGUGCAUCUGGAGACUGGGGUGAACGAGCCAAUCAGGUUCUGAAGUUCACGAAAGGCAAGUCCUUCCGCCAUGAAAAAACGAAGAAGAAGCGAGGCAGCUACCGGGGAGGCUCCAUCUCUGUCCAGGUCAAUUCUGUCAAGUUUGACAGCGAGUGACCUGUGGUCAUGUUAGCGAAGGGAGGGUGAUGAUGGAAGGCCGGCCAGUCACCUCCAGUGGACUCAGAAACUGUUGUCAGAGGGUCUUGCAAGGACAGAUUUGAGCAGGCCCUGGGGCUGUCAUUGCAGUCUGCAGUCCUCCUAUGUCCCUCUUUUGUAUGGGUUUGUUUCUUGUCAUUGCCUUCCUGCUCUGUGGGUCUUCAUACCGAGAAGUUUGUAUAUUUUAUAUUAAAUAAUUUCAUAUAGAUUUUGGUUGUGAUUUCCAGAGAUGAGUUUCACAGAUGAGAGACCUAGCUAUUGCCCAAGACGUAGCAGAACGUCACUUGGUAAGAGUUUUUCCCAUUGGAGGGGUCUUCUCAUGUGAGCGUACACAUCCACAUUUUAACCCACCUUCACUUAAAGACAUGGUGGGCUAAUGGUUGUGGGAUUUGUCUUGUAAGAGUGCUCUGUGUCCAUCAUCAUUCAUUGGGUCUGAGACCAAAGCUUUCAGGAGCCAACAUGAUCUACCAACUUUUGGGGAUAAAAUUGCUGUUCUUGGAAUAUAACAGCCUAUAAAAUUGACAGGCAGUAGUUGGGCGAUGGUGGCACAUGCCUUUUUAAUCCCAGCACUUGGGCAGAGGCAGGAGGAUCUCUGGGUUCGAGGAUAGCAGGGGCUACACAGAAACCCUGUGUCAGGGGUAAAAUGAUAGGCAGAAUUCUCUGUGCGGUGAAUGUAACUGUCUUGAGUAUUUGGUUUCUAGUAACUAUUACUAUUAUAUGUUUACAGUACGUCUUAGUUUUAAUUUCUAAGCAGGCUUUUCUGACAUUGAAAGGCAUUUUCAACAACUUGACCCUUACUGCUAUGUGUACUAAAUUCAUGUGUAUACUAAAUUCAUGCUUGUAUUUGAUUGUUUUUAAUGUCACCAAGAACUGAAUGACUUAAUGCUUAAUUACUUCUGUCUUGGUAACUGUGGUGACCCAAAGUUGGUGUGAUUCAUUCCUGCAUGGUUGAAAAUCACCCGACAAGGAAAUGAUUAAUUAAAAUCCUCAGCCCUCAAUGUGAAGUAGGUUACAGUGGGUACAUGACAGGAAACCAGUGAUGAGAAAUAGAACUUUGCAGAGGCAGGCUUGAGAACAGCAAGGUUGGAGGCUCUGAACAGGAUGGUUUUGUCUUGAAUGGUACAUGGGGUUGAUUAUGUCUUGUUUAAGUUGGUGCUCUGGACUAAUUGUUAGUACCUUAUCAUGGAGUUACUGAUGGAGACUAGUCACGGGCUGGGAGGCAUAUCUAGGGGAUAGUGAUCCCUGGGCUAAGGAAGUAGAUUAUAAAGACAUGGGAUGUGACCAUCGACAGAGCUCAGCCAGAGUGAGUGAGGGGAGCACCAGACUGGCCUGGUGAGAACAGACACCAGGUUCCACGCGUGAAAUACCGGACGACUUGUUAAAAACUGGCUUUCUGUGGCAGUUCCUCAAGGAAGAAAAUGUGCAGAUGUCUGCAUGGUCAGCUCUACGUCUUACUAGAGAACAAUAAACUGGAUGGUUUAUAAAUGUG